AUGGAGAUCGACGAGCUUCGAGAUAAGAUUGCGCGCUUAUCCACCGCUUUAGAAGAGGCAACAGCAGAGAGGACGCAGGCUGCCCAGUAUGGCUUACAAGUUAUGGAUGAAAAGCAGCAGUUAGAAACGAAGCUUGCACAGCUCCAAGCUAGUUACGAUGCAGCUCGAGUAGAGAUUGACGAAACAAAAAAAUACAAAAUGCAAGCAAUGGGUAAGGUGUUAUCUGUUGCUUACAGUUCUAAGCCAGAAUAG